AAUCAUUGACGGUAUCGAUCUCGCCAUUGACACCACGUAGCAUGGGGAAUUGAACCUUGGCACUACUGCAGACAAAGGAGCUUCUCUCUACAAGUUGAAGUUUUGCGUGGGUAGAGAAUUCUGGGCGUGCCCGGACUACAAGCAAUUUAGUGACUAGCUACUGGGAUGUGUUGUUUGGAAGGUCAUCUCGCGGCAGUGCAAGUUCGAACCUAAACGACAUGCAUACUAGGGAUGAUGAGCACGAUUGAAGACCGCCAUGCAAUUUCCAACCGUUCUAACCCCAUCUUAAAAGUCGUUUCUCGUCUCCGCAAGCGUAGACCCCGGCCCCGUCCUACACGCCUCGCAAGUCGAAUCUCUCCGCACCACUGACAUUCAAACUGUGACCGUAGCCACCACUCAUGUUCAUACCGUUGUGUGUCCUGAUCUCCCUUAUCGUCUGUGAUAUCGGUGGCGCAUUCGAGGUUCCAACUAUCGUCCGUUCUCCGUUCUUGAACGAAUGGACUGCAUCCGAUCGCGUGUCCCAAUUCAGCUCUGGUGGUUCUUUUACAUGGACAGGAUUAAUCUCCGUCGACAACGUCACCUAUGUGUGGUGGGGAGAUACCCUCGAUUCCGUUGCCCACAAAAAAACCAACCUCUUUGACGUACAAGUCACUCCCACACGAACGAUCUAUAUCAUGCAAGCCGGGCUUGUAAACCUGAACGUCACGGCCUUCUCUCCUAUAGAGCCAACCGAUCUUCUUCGACAAUCUCUUCCCUUUGCCUACCUAUCGCUGUCGUUAACGUUGACAGCCACUACAGAAAUUGACACUAAUGUCAGUAUUUAUACAUAUAUUGAUGGAGACUGGACUGGGAAUAUCGAAGGAGUUACCUCAACUGGCGAGGUAUGGCGAACUGUGUAUCUGGGCGACAAUGUCUAUCACCAUUGUCAAUUUCUCAAUACUACAUCUACUCCCGAAUUUGGCGACCAACUCAAUGGAGGAUUAACUAAUGUUGUCUACGGCAUGUCUCUUAACACUCCCGGGCAUAUCACUCAGUGUUCGGGCUCGUCUGAUUGCUAUGAUCAAUGGCUUGCAACCGGAAGACUUUACGAGUGUAACAGUUCCAUGUCUAACCCAACAGUUUCAGCACCAGGUAUACGAUUCCCCUGGGCGACAUUGGCUUAUGCUAUCGAACUAACAGGGGUUCUUAGCCCAAGUGGAAACCAGGUCUUGACAUUGUUAUGGACCCUCGGCAUGAUGAGGGACCCUGCGAUUACCUACACCACUCCUAACGGAGCAUCGCAACAUCGGAGUCCAUACUUCAAAUCGCAAUAUUCUAACAUCUCCUCGAUAGUCGCUUUCGUCUUGAAAGAUUUCGAUAAUGCCACGAAGAGAGCGGACGACCUAGAUAAGGCACUUUUGGAUGUUGCUCGGAAUACCUCCUCCACUUACGCGGACCUAGUGUCGCUUUCGACUCGAGCCGUCAUGGGUAGCACUGAGCUUGCAAUAUCGAAUGGAUCGGAUGGCAACUUCAACACAUCUGAUGUUAAACUCUUCAUGAUGGAUAUUGGCACAAGCGACCGUGUCAACCCCAUAAGCACACUCUAUGCCGCAUUUCCUUUUUUCCUAUAUGUUAACCCCAUGUACCUUGGUUAUUUGCUUGAACCUUUGUUCGAAUAUCAAAGCUCUCCUCAGUACCCUCUGCCAUACGCUGCAGUUGAUGUUGGUUUGCAGUAUCCGAAUGCGACGGGAGAUAAUCAACCACAUAAUCAGGGGCUGGACGAAUCUGGCAACAUGUUGAUCAUGUCCCUGGCUCACGCACGGGCGGCCAACGAUACCACAUUACUCGUCGCAUAUUAUGACCUCUUGAAAUCAUGGACGGAGUUCAUUGCGACCUACGCCUUAACACCACCUCAAGGCAAUGCAUCGCCGAACUCGACGACAACCCUAGUCCAGUCUACGAAUCUUGCGUUGAAAGGCGUUCUUAGUAUCCAAGCAAUGUCCGAGAUUAGUCAUAUGUUAGGACAGAUGGAUGAUAGCAAGAGGUAUUCGGAACGAGCAAGUAACGACGCAAGGGUUUGGAGUACUGUUGCCUUAGCAUCUGACAAGUCUCAUGUCCUUUCAAACUACGGCGAUUCCGACUCUCACUGGGCCCUCAUCUACAACUUAUACGCAGAUCGGCUACUUGGUAUGGAUUUGGUGAAUGAUUCCGUCUACGAUCUUCAAAGUACAUAUCUUAAAAAUAUGACUUAUGGUACAAAAUCUCCGUUCUAUGGUGUCCCCAUGGAUGAUACGAGUGAUGUAGGAGACGCAGCUUGGACUAUGUUUACCGCCGCAGUUGUCACUGAUAGCAUCGUCCGCGAUGUGCUUCUGACUGCUCUAUGGACACGUUUGAAUGCCACCGGCUCCGGCCCUAACCUUUACAAUACCACUACAGGCACUUCGGUUAGCAACAACGGCGAAAUGGGGCCAGCAAAUGGUGCAGCAUUUGCUCUUUUGGCUUUAACGAUACCCGGGUUAUCGGUGGCGGCAUCCAAUAGUGGAAACGGAAAUGGAUCCAAUAGCUUGUCCUCGCAACCUCAUAGUCUCGUAGGCCCCGUCGUUGGUGGCGUGCUUGGGUGUCGCACUUUCUGCGCUAGUAGUCACUGGCUUCUUCUUCCGGAGGCGUCAAGUACAACAAGAGAUGCUACCAUACAAUUUGAGCCCAUUCGUCAAUGAAGAAUCCUUUUCAGGGCCGAUUUCCGCUUCUGCGUUGAUUCAGAACCCUACCGAUGUUAUGGCGGUGCCUCCUGUAUCACCAAACACUUAUGUGACGACGCCCUCUGGAAAGGUCAUCAUGCAGCCGUCGUUGGAGAAGUCAAACCUUAUGCCGCCUGGCAUCGCAUCCUCUCCGACAACUGAAACGUCCAUUCCUUUAGUUCCUCCAGAUGCUGGAAGCUUGAAUGAGGCAGGAGGUUCACAAGAGGUUGAAGAAUUGCGUGCAGAAAUGGAGAGACUUAGGAGAGUGGUCCUGGACUUGCAUGCUGAUAGAAACGAACCCCUACCCACUUACGACACUUUCGAAAUGCCAGGACCAUGAUGUAGCCCAUUUUCGAUCUAUGUUUAGACUCUCGACAAUUCUUCUUUUUUGGACAUCUGCGUUGAACUCGAUUCUCGAUGGUUUGCGUAUCGUGUAUGUAUACAUACAGUAUGCCAUAGUCUCUGUACGGGGCAACCAUUUAUUCCUUUC